UUCCGGCGUCGCUCCGGCCGCCGUUCCGCUUCCGCUGGCUCACCGCCCCCUCCGUCCCUGGCCGGUGGUGAUGGCGGCCGCUGCGUCCCUCUCUCCGGAGGAGCUGCUGCCCAAGGGCGGCUCGGGCAAGGCCGAGGAGCUGGAGGACGAACUGGAGGAGGAAGACGACGACGAGGAGCUGGACGAGACGUUGGCGGAGCGGCUGUGGGGGCUGACGGAGAUGUUCCCCGAGAGCGUCCGUUCGGCGGCCGGAGCCACCUUCGACCUGUCGCUGACGGUAGCGCAGAAGAUGUACAGAUUUUCCAGGGCAGCUCUGUGGAUUGGGACCACCUCCUUCAUGAUUCUGGUUCUUCCCGUCGUCUUUGAAACGGAAAAACUGCAGAUGGAGCAACAGCAGCAGCUGCAGCAGCGACAGAUCCUCCUCGGACCCAACACGGGGCUCUCGGGGGGAAUGCCAGGGGCCCUGCCUCCGCUGUCUGGAAAAAUAUAACUCACGGAAGCUGCGCUGGGAUUCGUAUCAUGUGGGAAGACCUCGAGAUUAUGAUAGAUUGAACUGUUGAUUUGUUGGGUCAGGGCAUUUUAGUUUUGUUUUGUUUUUCCUCCUGUUUGUUUGUCUUUAUUUUUGGUUCUCCUUUGGGACAUUGACCUGUUCAUAACGAGGGGGGGAAAGCCCCCCACCCCUGGACCUGACGACGGCUCCUCUCUGCAUCCUUUCCCCCCCUCCAAGUCCUGAGUCUUUCCUUUUAUGCAAUCAGUACGCCACCACCAGUUACAGACUUGAACUGGGAGAGUUCCUCUUCCAGCCUCCUCGCUCCCCCCCCCAAAAAAACCACCUUGGGGUACAGGUCAGGCUUCGAAAGGCGACAGUCAAACAAAACAAAUCCUUUCCUGGCUGACGUGGAGCUGAAGGACACCGGUGACAGGAGGAGGAGUGACUUUCCUGGCAGGCGAAGCAAAGGAAGGAGGGGUGCGGGUAGCCGUACCCCGCGGAAGACACUCUCCGGGAGGACGCGUCUCAAAAAUAAUUUCGCUGCAACUCCAUGUGCGCACGCGUGAGAACAGAGGGAGCGGCAGGCCAGGUUCAAGACGAUCACGUCCGCGCUGAUCCUCUGCCUCAUAAAAGUAGAACUUCAGAUAUCGGCUGCGUAUUUUUUUUGUAUUGAAUAUUAAAUAAAUCCAACCUGAGCAGUGUGAUUUUAA